AUGGCUCCCUCAGCCCUUCACUCCCUCCCCUCGCCAACCAUAACCUUCAAGCCUAUCCUAGCAGCAUUCACACAGCCGCCAACAGCAACCCCAACAACGUUGCUCACGGCAGUCGCAAAGCUCAUACCCCGAACUGCCAUGAACGUGUCCGUUUACAUCACCCAGAACCCCUCGGCUUCCCCAGCACCGACCGACGCACCGAAGCUCAAAGAUCCAGUCUACGGUAACCUCACUUGGACUUUCAUCGCCGUCCCCUGCGUUCCCGUUAUCGUCCUCGUCUUCUUCAUCUUCACAUGCUACCAGGAACGCCGCCGCACCAUCAAGAACAUGCAGAGAAAUCCCGAUAUUGAGAUGCAGACCUUCCACAAGUACUGGUUCCCCUGGCGCGAGCUCGAUAAGAACGAGGUCCCUAAUGAGGUAAGUGAAACCACCAAGAACCUGUCCUCCUCCCAAAUCACAUCCCUUCCCGUUGGUGCCCGAGAUGGCCCUGUUGGCCCUGGAGAUGCUGCUGCUUCAGCUACAGCCAGCAGCAUACCCCCAGGCAUCAUUACCCUCGAAGACCACUCCCGUCGCAAAAACCGCCGAUGGGCACCGUGGCACCCAAGUGACGGAACCCAGAUCCCCCCCAUAACCCUCUACGAUAACCCCCCCUCCUGGGGCCGACGACACCUCUGGUCCGAAGUCAUGGCGUACCCAUCUCUCCUGACGCCUGGCCUCAUCCGACGUCGAACAAAGCCCCCCAAACCCGAUCCCGCCGACGAUACCUCCUCCUCAUCCUCCUACUCCUCCCCUCCGAGCCCGAACGCCUCUCCCCCGAGACUGUGUACCUCCCCGAGAACCGCUCCCCCUCGAACCCCCGGCGGUCUACCCAUUAUCACGGAAUCCGGUGAAGGCGAAAUCACCUCCGCCCCGAAACGCUCCCGAUUUGCAGAGGCCACAACUCAAAUCAUCGAAUCCCAUCAACCCGAACCCGAACUCGAACACGGCCCAGAACGAGAAACUAACCAACGCACCCAGAUCUACGGAAGAACAGGCCGCCGUCGCCACUGGGGCCACGAAGACGACCACCCCCGCGAGAACCAGAGCUCCAGCUCCAGCUCAGGCCAUAGUUCCCGCGAAAACCAGACAGACACAUCAGACGAAGCAGACGAGAACGAAGAAGGCAACAACUCGGACGCAGACUCCAUCACAACACAGAAGCCCAUCCGCCCGCCCACCGAUAUGCCCUCCUUCGGCCGCUUCAAAGACGUCUCUUCCUCUACCGCCACUGCUCAGAAGAGCAGCACCACUGCCACCGCAAGCAGCAGCGGCACAGGCACAGGCACAGGUACCUGGGGGGCAGGUCACAUCCCCUCCUACUACGGCGCCUCUCCCUCCCCGGCGGAAACACACAUCCAGCAGCCACGCGGACAACCUCCUCCAUCCGCGAACGCGUCUAUCUCGGCAACUCCAACCCAAACCGCAGCAGCAGCCGCCGCCGGCGCGGCAGCCCUCUCCCGCCGAGCCCACGCCUCAACAUCGCGAUCCCCCGCCGCAAACUCAGACGGCGUCUCCCCGCUCUCCAGCGCGCGCUCCUCCACCGUCACCGUCACAGCCGGCGACGCCCGCCGCCGAACAGCAAACACCGUCUCCAGCAUCGGAUCCGAGCCGGGCUCUCCAACGCGCAUGGGCAGCGCUCAAUGGCGUGGCCACCUCGUGUUCGAUUCUGACGAGGAAGAGCAGGGCGAGGGCAGCAAAUCCGUCCGCGAGGGUGGUUCUGACAACAAGAUGGGAAAGCACAGCAAGAAUGUCAAGCCCUAG